AUGGGGAAGCCAACAGGGAAGAAGAAAGGUCCCGGGACUCCAACAUCUAAUAAUGAUGGAAAUCCUAAGCAUAGCAGAGCUUCUUCUGAACGUACUUCCAAAGCAUUUGAUGAAGACACUGCUGUGUUUAUCAAUAUGUCCCAAGAAUUGAAAGAAGAAGGGAACAAAUUGUUUCAGAAACGUGAUCAUGAAGGAGCAAUGUUGAAAUAUGAAAAAGCUCUCAAGUUAUUGCCUCGGAACCACAUUGAUGUGGCUUAUUUGAGGAGCAAUAUGGCUGCUUGCUAUAUGCAGAUGGGGCUUGGGGAGUACCCGAGAGCGAUAAACGAAUGCAAUCUGGCUCUUGAAGUUGCCCCCAAGUACAGCAAAGCCCUGUUGAAGAGGGCAAGGUGUUAUGAUGCUUUGAACAGGCUGGAUUUGGCCUUGAGGGAUGUUAACAAUGUGUUGAGUAUGGAGCCAAACAAUUUGACUGCUUUAGAAAUUGCGGAUAAGGUGAAAAAGGCAAUUGGGGAAAAGGGUGGCCUUGAGGAUAAAGAAAUUGUUCUACCUCCUGAGUAUGACGAGCCCGUACCCCCUCCUCCCACUCCUCGGACACCAAUUUCAAGUAGGACUAACAAAGAUAGGGUGAAAAAGAAGAAAAGUGGCAAGUAUGAUUCUAGGAAGAAGGUCGAGGAAGUCGUGGCAGAAAAAAUACCGGAACCUGACACAGAGAGGAAGCCUGAUAAGGCUGAGGACAAGGUUGUCGUGGAGGAGAAACUAAGUGUCAGGGAAGAAAAAGUCGUGACCAAGAGUGUGAAGUUGAUCCUUGGCGAAGAUAUAAGAUGGGCUCAGUUACCAGUAAAUUGCAAUAUCAGAACCGUUAGGAAUGUCGUUCUGGAUCGGUUCCCGAGCCUGCAUGGCGUGCUUAUUAAGUACAAAGAUCAAGAAGGUGAUUUGGUAACUAUCACGACGUCUGAUGAGCUGAGGUUAGCUGAGGCAUCGGGUGACCCUCAGGGCUUUUUGAGACUAUACAUAUCGGAAAUUAGUCCCGAAAAGGAACCAUUUUAUGAGGGAAGUAAUGAAGUGGAAGUUCAGAGUAAUACCAGCAGAACGUUUACGACUUUGGAGAAUGGAUUUGUGGAGAAAAGUGUUGAUCAACUGGAAGGCCAAACGUGUCUUGAGGACUGGAUUGUACAGUUUGCGCGGGUAUUCAGAAAUCAUGUUGGCUUCGACUGUGAUUCAUACUUGGAUCUCCACGAGAUAGGGAUGAAGUUGUAUUCCGAGGCGAUGGAAGACACUAUUACGAGUCAAGCUGCUCAAGACCUUUUUGAAAUUGCAGCUGCAAAGUUCCAAGAGAUGUCUGCCUUAGCCAUGUUUAACUGGGGCAAUGUACACAUGUCAAAAGCUAGGAAGCAAGUGUUUCUCAAAGAAGAUGGUGGCUCUAAGGAAUUCGCAAUACAAUCUGCUUAUGAAUGGGCAAAAAAGGAAUACAUAAAGGCAGGAAUGAGGUACGAAGAAGCCCUUAAAAUCAAGCCAGAUUUCUACGAAGCUCUUCUCGCUCUUGGGCAGCAGCAAUUUGAACAAGCGAAGCUGUCCUGGUAUUACGCAACUGGGAGCAAGGUUGAUCUAGAGAACGGGCUGUCUGCGCAGGUGUUGGAGCUAUUCAACAAGGCGGAGGAUAGCAUGGAAAGAGGCGUGCAGAUGUGGGAAGAGAUGGAGGAGCAGCGACUAAAUGGGCUCUCCAAAGCCGAAAAGGAGAAAUCCGAGUUGCAAAAACUAGGGCUGGAUGGUUUGAUGAAAGAAUUAACACCUGAAGAAGCCGCUGAGCAGGUCACUAAGAUGAAAUCUCAUAUACACCUAUUGUGGGGAACCUUGCUGUAUGAGCGUUCAGUUGUGGAAUUUAAGUUAAGUUUACCUACUUGGGAAGAAUGCUUGGAGGUUGCUGUCGAAAAAUUCGAACUUGCUGGAGCAUCUCCAACUGAUGUAGCUGUUAUGGUAAAAAACCAUUGUUCAAAUGAAACUGCUCUGGAAGACUUUGAAGUUGAUGAGAUAGUUCAGGCAUGGAAUGAGAUGUACGAUGCUGAUAGGUGGCUAUCUGGCGUAUCAACUUUUCGCUUGGAACCCUUGUUCCGUCGUCGAGCUCCAAAACUUCACUCUAUGCUGCAGAGUUAUUACCGUGAUCAAAGUUGCUGA